AGCUCCAAACAAGCCGUUAGGGACCGGAGGAGCUGCUGGGAAUGAGACGUUACUGUUAGAAAUACAACUACACGCUUAACGGCUUCUAAUGCAGCAGUUCAGGUCUGUUUAGUUUGGGCUGUUAGUUUCAGCUCGCGUAUGAUUUGCUUUAAACUCGUUCGCUGCCUCGUUCGAUAGCAAAAAGCUCAAAACUGGAAAGGCUCAGAGACGCUCCAGCAUGACAGACAGUAUCAUGAGCAAAGCGGCCACGAUGGAGAUCCCCAUCAACAGCAACGGUGACAGCAGGACUCUGGGCGAGGAUGAUGGCCUCGAACAGACUCCAAAGGUACAGUGGGGCCUGAAUGAGAAGGUAGGGCGUCCCCCAGGCCAAAGGGAUUUGCAGCAGGUUAUGGUAUCUGGGCCUAAUCUCAAUGAGACCAGCAUUGUAUCAGGUGGCUACGGCGGCACAGCAGAAGGCAUCAUUCCUACUAGCUCUAUCAAAGGAUCCAGCAUGCACCACAGCAACAGUUCAUCUGCGAUGGCAGAGGAAGCCACGAGAGGGGUCGCUGUGGAGAAGUUUGACAUGAUGAAGAAAUGGGGCCUGAACACUUAUAAGUGCACUAAACAGAUGCUUUCGGAGCGAUUUGGCCGUGGCUGUCGCACUGUCGAUCUGGAACUGGAGGCUCAGAUUGAGGUUCUGCGAGACACCAAGCGCAAGUAUGAGAACGUGCUGCGCCUGGCCCGCGCACUCACCAAUCACUUCUACAGCAUGGUGCAGACACAGCACGCACUCGGAGACACGUUCGCUGACCUCAGCCAAAAAUCUCCGGAGCUGCGGGAUGAAUUUGGCUAUAAUGCAGAAACUCAAAAGUUGUUGUGUAAGAAUGGAGAGACCCUGCUGGGCGCCAUCAACUUUUUCGUAUCCAGCAUUAACACACUCAUCAACAAGACCAUGGAGGACACACUCAUGACCAUCAAGAUGUAUGAGAACGCAAGGUUGGAGUUUGACGCUUACAGAGCUGAUCUGGAAGAACUGAACAUGGGACCACGGGACGCUGUGACCAUAUCACGUAUUGAUGCAGCGCAGCAGCAGUAUCAGAUCCACAAGGACAAAUAUGAGCGACUGCGCAGUGACGUUUCCAUCAAGCUCAAGUUCCUGGAGGAAAACAAGGUGAAAGUGAUGCACAAACAGCUUCUCCUUUUCCACAAUGCAAUCUCUGCCUACUUUGCUGGCAACCAGCAGCAGUUGGAACAAACCCUCAAGCAGUUCAACAUAAAGCUUAAACCUCCUGGAGCCGACAAGCCUUCCUGGUUAGAGGAGCAGUGAAAGCGCUCAUCACGCCCUCGGUCCUUCUGCAGGUUCUCCAGACAGAGCGGGCAAUAGAGUAGAGACAGACGGACACAGCUAGCCAGUACGGCAGCAGGGUAGUGAAAGGCUUACCAUCCUGUAGCUGUUGUAGGAGUCCGGGGACCAAACUGCCUUUCCCCCCCCUCCAUCCUUUCCUCCUCUUCUUCCUCCGCCUGACUGUCUCUUUGCUGAAAUUGUGUUUGACCCCCGAGAAUACGCACUACUUGUGUCUACUUCACCCUAAAGCCUGUUAGUUUUUGUUUGAACAAAAGCUUAGUAACGUCUGACCAAAUCCUCCAGGGAAUAUUGUCAAUCAGAAGUCGAGUCGACUUUCAGCUUUUCUCUCUGCUAAAACAGACUCCCUCCCCCUCCUACUUUCUUCCCCUCCCCCCUUCUCCACAUGCAACAUUUGGCUUCUGGAUGUGGACUUGUAGAUAAACACACUUGGUCAUUUAUUAUUUUAUUAUUAUUUUUUUUAAGAAUGAGUUACUCUAAGUUGUAAAUGAUGUCUAGUUUUUGUGAAUGUCCUGGGAAGUUUGGGACAGGGCAAAGAUCAGUACGAUUCCAUGAUGCGGAGGGGAAAAACUUGUCAAAAUUGAUCCAGUUGUUACAGAACCACUUGUGCUUUUAUGUGAUUGGAUUCCUGAUUGAGCUGUGUGUCUGUCGUUGAAAAUGAGUCAUUUAUAAUUGUUUUUAUUUUAUUUUAAAUUAGACACCGCAUGUCUAAUAGUAAGGGCCACACGUAUUUUUUUUUUUUUUUUUUUUUUAUUUCAAGGAAUGUACAUGAAUGUGCUCUUCCUGUCAGUCGGUUGAAAAGGAAUCUGCGGAUGUUUGUAAUCGCUGCUGAUUUGCUCUCCAACAAUUCAUACGAACUCCUGUUGAUCCAAAUUGGACACGUUAGGAGUGUUGUAUACUGUAAAACGGGCGUAUAACGGUAAACCAGCACGACUGUAUACUGUGAUACGGGAAUGCUGACAUUUAUACUAUACGAGUUUCAAUGUCGCAAGGGUUAUUUUCAGGUCUCGUCAAAGGCAAAGAGUUGAGUGUCUUUAAUUUCAUCAGCAGUGAAAACUAGAGGCUGUAAGCAGACGCAGUGAUGCACUGAUAUCUGUGAUAUUGGCUCAUACGGUUCUCAUUCAUUCCCUUACUUCAAGGUUUUUCAAUUCUGGUCUUGGAGUAGCACUCCCUUCCACGUUUGGUCUUUUCUCACUCCGAAGAUACGUGAUUUGACUCAUCAGGACUAACAAGUCUGAACUAGGUUUAAUUGGGUGAACUCGAGCAGGGAAAACUCCAGUCCUUCUCGAGCAGGAUUAAGAAACACUACCCUGCUCUAAAAUACAGUAAAUAGUAAUUCCGUUUUGUUAAAAUAUUACUUUGUCAAAUUAAAGUUUAAAAAAGGGUGUUCAGGUGUGUUUAGACUAUUUGCAGCAUUGUUCAGUCUCAGCAUGUCAAAAAUAAACUACCAGGACACUUGCCAGUCUGUAGGUGUAUUAUACAAGACAGUUGUGAUUUAAAUAUUGUGAUUUAUGUACAAAUUUAUGUAUGUUUUUUUUUUUUUCCUGUUUGUAUAUCUGUUGCUUUAAGUUAAAUCAAUGUUUAAUCCAGGAAAUAGUAUAGUGUAGUAUUGAAGAUUUCUUUUAUGUUUUUAGUUUUGAUUAGAGCUGCCAGUGGUUUAUUAUUAAUGUUAAUCUUUACAUAACUAUAGUGUCCAAGUUUUCAGUGGUCAUUCAUUGUUGGUUUUUGUUUAAAUUAUGAUUUUAAGUUUUAUCUCGCCUAAAAAUGGAGGGAACGUUGUGUUUGAAAUCCACAUAUUUCCCCACUUGUCUUAUCUAUGAUGCAUCAGUUUCUGGCCAAGAAGAACCCACGAAAUUGUGUUUUGUCACCAAUUGUUAAUUAUAUGCCUCCUAGAAUGUGACACUGUAAAAUAACACACACGCCGAGGGAUUCAUUUAUUUAUUGACGCCUGAAUGGUGAAACUGAAUUUUCACACGGUUCGUCAGCCCGUGUCUGGUCCAGUCAUUUGAAAUCUUUGUUUGUUAAAACCAGUGACAGAUUAUACAUAUGAAGUAAAUCCUGGGGAAGGGGAAUCAUGGCCAAACUUUUGAAUACUACUUUGUGAGGUUGAGCCUCCAGAGAAGCAAUACUAAAGAUGUUUCUAAAAAUAUAUUGUAUUUUGAUAGUUUGUGCCUCGUUGGAUAUUUUGCAUGGCUUUUCCAAUAACCUCGGUUAUACGUUUCUGUUUAUCGUGAUACGUCUAUGUGCGAGAAGCGCCGCAUACCAGUGAUAAUCUAAUGUAAGAGAUUCUGUAUCAAUCAUGUUAAUCAGUCACGUGUUAUUGUUUUCUAAACUUCCUGUUCCCUCCUUGCCUACACUUUCUUCCCUUUUCUUUUGCUGGUAUAAGGAGUGCAAUGUUUUUGUGUAUGUGGCAGAAGUGUUUGUUUUGUGCAUCUUUAUUUCUUCGUCCUUCGACAAGUGUCAGGAUCGAGGUAUAGCAAGAAAAUAACCCAUGAAGGACAGUCAUUGAAAAGUAGCACUAAAAUUAUGAACCAGACCAAAUCCAAAUUAUGUUCUGCUCUAAUUUUUUUUUUUUUUAAAGGAAAUGAUAGGAUGUCCUUUUUAUUUAUGGUUAAUGCUAUCGGAAGGGUUUGUUACGAAAAUGAGAGCCUCUUCUCAUCCUGAGAGAUUUAUUCAAAGUACAUUAUUGUGUGAAAUUGAUAUUUUAGGCUGCUCUGUGAUACACUAACGUAUGAAUGAUGUUUGCCUUUUAUUCCUAACUCUGACCAAACCCUCUGGAAUAUGAACAUGAUUAUACUAAAGCCCACAAGAUAAAAUAUGAAAUG